GAGAUGUGUUGGUCUGCUCGCUCUCCUCCACACAGAUCUUGGGCAGGUUCUGUUGGUCCUCUGGAUGGGUGCUUUAUCCAACACGGUUUUGAGUAACUUAUUACCGUGUUUGCACUGAUAAAAUAACUAGAGGUUGUAUUUUGGGGGCUUAUAGCAUGGCUUUGCCUGAGGAAGAUUGUCCCUGUUUGCUCCAACACAGGCCUGUUGUUGUGCUUAUUAUUCUGCCAGUAGAAAAGUCUUUGUGGGAUAAAUACCGUCAUGUUUUCUGUUGUGGAAUGUGCUGUGAAGUCGUGCGUACAGCCUCGGGAGGCGGUGGAGGUUCCAGAAGUGUAUUUUCACAGUCUUUUUCCAGGUGUCAACCCCGCUCCUGCCUUCCCAACCCUCCUCUCCACUACACCAGCCAGAGGCUUUUCUCCUCCUCUUCCCGGGUGCCGGCAGAGGGAGUGCAGGCAGCAUGGAGGAGCGCUCUGCCUGCGCCCUGCCCGCAGCACCCAGCCCUGCACCCUGAGGUCCAUCUCGCCCUGGGGAGCAGCUUGGGGCUGGGCCAGGCAGUCCCGCUGGCAAAGCUCCCUUGUCUCCUCAAAGACCCUGGCUCAGACGCCUGGGUGAAGAUUUUAAGUUCCUUGGACUGUAAAUAUUCUUUUGAGCCUCAGGCAAUUCCCUGCAGCAUAACCUGGAGGAGAAACAUGCCAAACACUCUGUCCUCACCAGAUGGCCCCAUGGUGAAGACUGAAGAGGAGAAGGAGGUGUUGGUGUUGGUAGAACCAGAAGAUUUUCUUAAGCGCCUCUUUUCCCUAACCCAGAGUUUUGUCAAUGCUCCAUCAGCAAGUCAGCCUGACCUGAACCAAGUGUUGCCUUUGGCUGGUCUGGAGGGCUCCUCCACCAAAACCUACAGCUUGGCCGUCGUUGGGCUGGACGCCUACAGGCGGCGUAACCAGGAGCAGGGCAGGCAGCAGGCGCUGAGCCCCGGAAAGCAGCGUCCCAGCUCCCAGCCUGGCCCAGAGCUGUCUAUGACUCAGGAGGAGAUACUGGAGGCGCUGGUGGUGCUGCAGCUGUGGGGUAACAUGGAAGUGCUGUUCCUAGACACGUGGCAGGAAUUUGGCCAGCAUGUUUCUGCGCUGACAAAGGCAAUAGCAAAACGCCCGUACAAGAGGCAGCUGGAGUCGCAGGAGUUGCCUUUCUGCGCUGCCGGGGCCUGGGCCAGCGGGGUGCGAGUGGAGAAGGAUGGCACAGGACUCUGGCAGGUGUGGAAGAGACAAAUCCAGCAGUUUAACAGAGUCAGCCCUGCAACAGCAGCAGCUAUAGCAGAAGCAUAUCCCUCCCCAAGCCUCCUGUUACAGGCCUACCAAGAAUGCAGCACAGAAGAUGAAAAACGACUCCUGCUGAGUGACAUCCCAGUGAAAUCGGACAUCAGCGGGAAAGACCGUCGCGUUGGGCCAGACCUAUCCCGCCGUAUCUACCUUUUCAUGGUAUCCACUGACCCCGACCUUGUCCUGGACCUGAGCACAUAGAGGGACCGUGGGCCAUGCCGGUCAGCCGCCUCGUUUUAUCUGCCAAGGCUCGGCAGUGGCGGAGCUGCUGCUGGCACGGUGGGGCUACUGGGAGCCCAGCCAGGAGAAACAGCUGAUUCUAUUUCAGAACAGAGACUUGCCCAUCAAUAAAUGUCUUGUUGCAGAUG